GGUUUUUUUUUUUUUAGUCUCCAAAAGUUCCUGGGUUUGGGGUGGGAGGGUGAAAAGCCAAAUAUUACUAAUUGAAAAAAUAAUGCAAUUAAAAGCAAUCAAAGGAAGCAGAGAGGCCUGUGGAGCCCCAAGAGCUCAGGGACUGGGCUCAGAGGCUCGAUUUUAUGCCAGGAGGCUGGGCAGGAAAAAUCCUUAUUAAGUAGGGCUGGGCUGCUUCUGACGCACACUUGUGGGCUCAGGUCUUGCAAUGCUGCUCCUAAUCUUGCUUUGUCUCCUGCUUCUUGCUCUGGCCCUUCAUAGGAGGGUCUCGAAGAGCUCUCGGGGCCAGCUGCCCCCUGGUCCCACACCCCUACCAUUGCUUGGAAACCUGCUACAGCUUGGCCCUUCCAGUCUGGACAAAAGACUCAUGGAGCUGAGCAGGCACUUUGGAUCCGUGUUCACAGUGCACUUGGGCCCACAACCAUUCGUGGUGCUGAGUGGAACCAGCACUCUCAGGGAAGCUCUGCUUCUGCAGGCAGACACCUUCAGUGGUCGUGGUGCCAUGGCCUCUUUUGACCGCUGCACCCAAGGCAAAGGAAUUGUAUUCUCCAAUGGCCACCGUUGGCACACACUCCGAACCUUUACUGUGGGAGCCCUGAAAAAGCUGGGCAUAGGGAGCCGGAGCAUUGCCCAGAGGAUCCAAGAAGAGGCAGCUGCCCUCAUUCAGGAGCUCAGCCUCACCAAAGGAGCCCCAUUUAACCCCCUCUACCACAUUCGCAAUGCUGUGGCCAAUGUGAUCUGCUCUGUAGUGUUUGGGGAGCGAUUCCCUUAUGACGACCCAGAUUUCCGAAUCUUACUGAACUUGCUGAAUGACAACUUCCAAAUCAUGAGUUCCCAGUGGGGCCAGAUGUACAACAUUUUCCCCUCCUUCCUGGACUGGAUCCCUGGUCCCCACCAUCGCAUCUUCAGUAAUUUCAAGAAGUUACAGGCUUUCAUUUCUGAGGAGAUCAAGAAACAUGAGGAGAAUAGACAGCCUGAAGAACCCCAAAACUUCAUUGACUUCUUCCUGGACCAAAUGGAGAAGGAGAAGCAGGACCCCAGGAGCCACUUCUACAUGGAGACCCUGGUGAUGACAACCCAUAACCUAUUCUUUGGUGGCACUGAGACCACAAGCACCACCAUCCAUUAUGGACUCCUGAUCUUACUCAAAUAUCCCAGUGUGACAGAAAAGAUCCAGGAGGAGAUUGACACUGUGGUGGGUCGAGAACGGCUUCCCUGCCUGCAAGACAGAGACAGUCUACCCUAUACCAACGCCGUCAUCCAUGAGAUCCAACGUUUCAUCAGUGUGGUUCCUAUGGGUCUUCCCCACAUUCUCACCCAGGACACCCACUUUCGUGGCCACUUCCUACUCAAGGGCACCACCAUCCUUCCAUUACUGAUCUCUGCACAUCGGGACCCAACCCAGUUCAAGGAUCCAGAAAACUUCAACCCCAACAACUUCCUGGAUGAUAAGGGAGCCUUUCAAAACAAUGAAGCCUUCAUGCCCUUUGCUCUAGGAAAGCGUAUCUGCCUCGGAGCAGGCCUGGCUCGUAUGGAGAUCUUCCUCUUCCUCACCACCAUCCUGCAGCGUUUUACCCUGUGUACUGUGAAGAGGCCUGAGGAGAUUGACCUCUCCCCCAAGUCCACAGGCCUGGGCAAUGUGUCCCCACCCUAUGAGCUCUGCCUGAAGAUCCGAUGAGCCCUUGCCCAAAGGGGGAUCUGUCACUCACAAUUCCCCCACUUCACCAGCUCUUGUGGCUUUUAUCCAAUAAAACCAGAGUUUGAGCAAA